AUGUCGACAGCUCCAGGGCUUGCUUUCGCAAAUUUAACUCUGCUUUUGGAUGUUCCGCAACUUCCAGCCAUAUUCGCUGCCAACUGCUUCCACAAUUAUCGUAUGUUGCUGCAGGAAUUCAAAGUAGCUUCUCAAGAAACAGGAGAUAUCGUAUAUCCAUUCAACAGAGUUAAUAAGCAAGACGAUGUUUUAAACAGGAUGGGAAGGCCAAGAAAAUAUAACAACGGUAAGUAG